AGCCAGUGUUCAACGGUUUCAGCACUUCAGUCGACAUCCCGGUGCAUCCAGGAACUGUUAAAUUCAAUUUCAAUAUUAAAAAUGGCUCUUGAACGUCAAGUCCGCGCCAAGACUCUGGCCAAGCGUGACCCUCAGCAGGAGAAAGAGGCUCAGGAAUGGAUCGAAUCGAUUCUUGGGAUGAAAUUCCCAGCAGGUGAGCCCUUCGAGGAUGUCAUCCACGAUGGACAACUCCUCUGCGCAGUUAUGAACAAACUCGCCCCAGGAUCAGUCCCCAAAGUCAACUCCAGCGGUGGACAAUUCAAAAUGAUGGAGAACAUUAAUAUGUUCCAGAAGGCCAUGAAGGCGUACGGUGUACCUGAUACCGAUGUCUUCCAAACAGUCGAUUUGUUCGAGAAGAAGGACAUUGCACAGGUCGUGACGACCCUAUUCUCCCUCGGCCGCACGACAUACCUCCACCCCGAGUGGAAGGGACCUUACCUGGGGCCGAAGCCAUCGGAGGAAUGCAAACGUGAUUUCUCCGAAGAGCAGCUCCGAGCUGGCCAGACAAUUGUCGGUCUCCAGGCUGGAUCCAACAAGGGCGCGACCCAGGCUGGCUCCAACAUGGGUGCUGGACGCAAAAUUAUCCUCGGAAAGUAAACGAUGAUAACAAUAAACAAAAAAAUCACCCAUCCCCAUCCUCAUCCCUCACACUCCCCCAAAUCCCCUCAAUGUGAAUGUUUAUGUUCCCUUUUGUAAUUGAGUAAUAUAUAUUUCGUUAUUAUUUCAUA